UGGGACAGGUGUCUUUUACCAAGCGAUGCCAGCUGUGGGAAGUGAUGGGAGAAAUGUUAUGAAACUAAUCCCUGUUCAAAAAGUCAACGGACAGUUUGUUCGAUCACCAACAAGCACUAUGAAGGAUAUUGCUGAACCUCAACGAGAUCUUACCUUGGACGUGCCAUCAAUUUCGAAGAUUAACAUGUCUACUUUGGGACCCACAGCUAAAGGACAAUCUGUGAAUAAAAGGCAAUUUUACAUGAGUACCUCUCCAAAUCCAACCAAUCUGACAGGAAUAUAUCAUUCAGUGAGCAUCCAGACUCCUAUAGUAACAACAAAAGUAGCCCAAAGUGCGGUAUCCUUGACAUCACCUGAGCUAACACUUUUGAAUAAGGAACAGCUGCCAGUCACUGUGAAAUCUCCAGCGCUUCCAAAUGGACAAUACCUUCAAAUUCCCCCUAAUGCUCAAGUGAAAACCCUUCCAGCAUCCGCACUCCCCCCAGCCAUAAAGAGACAGAUAUUUACUUCAUCAACGAGCUGUGCCUCAAAUUCAAAUUUGCCAAUGGUUCUUUAUGUGUCCCCUGUCCAAACCAUGAAACCAGGUGGUACUCCAUUAUGUCCAACAUCUCAGAAGACAGCCCUCUCCCUCAGCCGACUUCCAAGGUCAUCUGGCCAGACACUUUCUACAUGCUCUUCGACAGGCUCAACACCGUGUUCUACUACUGCUAAGGAUGGCAAAAGACCGGUCACUCCUAUUAAGUGGGUGAUUGAGGAGGCGGAUGGCUCACCUGCUCCAUGCCUUGUUCCUGUGAAUUCCUCUUCUAUGACCUCAGAUAUUCUGAAAACUCUGGCAGAGAUGGAAAAAGGCACCAAAACCUGUGAAAACACAGCAAAAAAGUGUUCACCUUCCCAAGAGAGUCAGACAAAAAUUGGCCAAGAGAAGGACAAUGCCUUAGUGAUGUACAAUGGGAAGGUGUAUUUUGUAGCCAAGAAAACCCCUGAGCUUUGUAACCGACCAUCAAAGCCCUUGGAGGCCAGUAGGAACAUGGGUGACUCCACCACACAGGCAGCAGAAAGUGUUGGAUUCAAUCAGAGAAUCAGCUUACCGCCCUCCCUACCCUUAAGCGCCUCAUUUGGAUCACAAUUGUCAAAUAAAACCAGACCAGAUCCUAAACACAUUGUUAUACCAGAUGACAUCAUUGACCUCUGUGACGAUGAUCCACAGGAUGACCUUACAUGCCAGGCAAUAUCAACAAGGGGCGUAACAAGGCAACCUGAAGUCGAUGAGGACGAAGACUCCAAUGUAAUAUUUGUCUCAUACCUUCCACCCAAAACGGUGUCUAAAGUAGUUGAAGGAGACAAAGAAAUGGCUUAUAUGCUGAAUGACUUGGAAGCUGAACAAGAAAUGUUAUGCAGUCAAGAUCAUUUGAAUGGCCAGGUAGUGGAUAGUCAGAAGAAAGUAUCUGGCCUGUCAAUAGAAAAGUGUCAGAGCAUUGCCACUGCCCAAGACAUGGCAGGCUUUCAAGGUAGUGCAACAGGCCUAGAGUUGAACUCCCGUCAGCAAAACAUCACUGGUCAGUAUAGGAAAAUACUGCAAAGAUUUCAUGGCCGUGCAACUGGAAUCCGAAUAGAGAACAUUCAGGGUAAUGCCACUAGCAAGGAAAUGGGAAGCAGUCGUCCCAGUGCUUCAACCCAAGAAAUGGGGAGCGUCCAGGAUGAUGCCACUGACCAGGGGAUUGGAAACAGUCAGCACCAUGCCGCCACGCAAGAAAUGGACAACAUUCCUGGAAGUACCUCUCUCCAAACAGAAAUGGAGACUCACAAAGAAAAGGUAAGACAUCCCACUACUCAGAUAGCUACACUGAACAAUAAUAUUAACCAUAACAUUUAAAGUGUUGGUACCACGUUUCAUGAGCUAAAAAUAAAUAUCCCAGAAAUGUUCCAUGCGCACAAAAAGGUUAUUUCUCUCAAAUGUUGUGCACAAAUUUGUUUACAUCCCUGUUAGUGAGCAUUUCUCAUUUGCCAAAAUUAUCCAUCCACCUGACAGAUGUGGCAUAUCAAGAAGCUGAUUAAACAGCAUUAUUAUUACACAGGUGCACCUUGUGCUUGGGACAAUAAAAGGCCACUUUAAAAUGUGCAGUUUUGUCACACAACACAAUGCCACAGAUGUCUCAAGUUUUGAGGGAGCAUGCAAGGCGUAUUUAUGUUUGUAAAAAGGCCCUUUUGUGGGGAAAAACGCAUUCUGAUUUGCUGGGCCUGGCUCCCCAGUCAUGUGAAAUCCAUAGAUUAGGGCCUAAUGAAUUUAUUUCAAUUGACUGAUUUCCUUAUAUGAACUGUAACUCCGUACAAUCUUUGAAAUUGUUGCACGUUGUGUUUAUAUUUUUGUUCAGUAUAAUAAAGUAAACUCACCAAGGCUUUUAAUCUUGAUCAUUCCCCAAUUUUAGAGCUCAUCAGAUCCCAUCCCUGAGCAGCGGACUUCUGUGUUGGACAUGAAAUCCUUGGAAACUUGUGAUCGCCUGCUGAAACAGAUGUUUGGGAUCACAUCUGAUGUGAAAAUAUGUUUGGAGAGGGUUGAUGCUAAACCCAAGGCUAUCCCUAAAGUGUUUCCUCGGAUUGGGACCACAAACAAACGUACCAUAGAGGCUAUUCGCAAAUUGUUACAGGGAUCAAACAUUUUGGUAAAAAGGAGGGAACACGAGGUAACUGAUCAUUUUCUACUUUCCAAAGCUUACUAAUGCAUGAGGUAUUGUUGGUCUACUUUAGCCUAUUAGAUUGUCACGGUUGAAUUUCGAGACAAAAAGUAUAUUGUUUUACCAUUAAUUUGAACAGCAUUUUCCAAGAUGUAUUACUGUAUUUCCCACUCUAAAAAUUAAGCACCUUGUUUCACAGGUCUCUGCAACUAGGAAUGAUGAUAGUUGCCCAAUAGAUGCUAAAAGACUGAAAAUAGGAAAAGUUGAAAAUGCAUCUGAAAGUUCAGAAAACACAGAGCCCCUCACCAGUCCAACUCCUCAGCUGGAAAUGCAGCCCCUCACCAGUCCAACUCCUCAGCUGGAAAUGCAGCCCCUUACCAGUCCAACUCCUCAGCUGGAAAUGCAGCCCCUUACCAGUCCUACUCCUCAGUUGGAAAUGCAGCCCCUCACCAGUCUUACUCCUCAGUUGGAAAUGCAGCCCCUCACCAGUCCAAGUCCUCAGUUGAAAAUGCAGCCCCUCACCAGUCUUACUCCUCAGUUGGAAAUGCAGCCACUCACCAGUCCAAGUCCUCAGUUGAAAAUGCAGCCCCUCACCAGUCUUACUCCUCAGCUGGAAAUGCAGCCCCUCACCAGUCCAAGUCCUCAGUUGAAAAUGCAGCCCCUCACCAGUCUUACUCCUCAGUUGGAAAUGCAGCCCCUCACCAGUCCAAGUCCUCAGUUGAAAAUGCAGCCCCUCACCAGUCCAACUCCUCAGCUGGAAAUGUUAUCUGAUGCUGAACACAUAUUUGGGUAUGAGGAACCGACUGUCAAUGAUUUAAUUUCCACCGAAAUUGAAACAGGGGUCCCUUCUAAACCUCUGCCAGAUCUCAAUCCAGUACAUAUUUCAAAAAGAAGCUCAAAGUCACCCGUUCCAUCUGUCCACCCACAAACAAACACUGAAGCUAUGGAUUGCGCUCCUGGGCACUUAUGUGGCACAGCAAGCAACAUAAAGCCUAACUCUAGAAAAAGAAGGGGAAAAGGGAGAAGAUGCACUGCGUGUCCAUGUGGGGUGACUGGAACACUAGUACAAGACAAAGCAAUGAGCUCAUCAUCCACUUCACAAGAGGGGCCUAGUUCAUCUAAACCACCGAACACCAGGACCUCAGAUGGCAGUACCUGUGCAAUUGCAAUAUCAGCUAAACAAAAGCGUAGAAAGUCCACAAAGGCUCAAAUGGAAGAUAAAGAGCAAACAUCUGUGGAGAUCCAAUGUCCUUCAAAUGUGAGUGAGAAGGGAAGUAGUACAGCUGGAGAGAUCCCAACCAGUUAUCUCUGCUCUACAGCACCCAUGGACCCUGAAGAAAUCAAGCGUCAUGAGAGAAUCAAACGACUGAAAGAACUCUUGAAGGAGAAGGAGGCUGCUCUUGCAAUGAUUAGAAAGAACAUGGGC